AUGCUGUUCCCCUCCGUCCGAAAUGUCGGUCUUUUAGUCCUAGGGACCUUGAUCGCAGUCAACCCUACACUCGGUAUUCCUUACGAUGUUUCGGAACCCUUGGACCCGCUUGGCCCGCUCAGAGUCACUCUUGACUAUGGCCUUGCGACAACGUGGCCGAACCCGCAGGACGUCCACAUUAACACCGUCCAGCGCAAUUGGCAAUAUAGCAGCCACAUUGUGUUCGCCAGUCGAGUCGGGGAUUCGGACGAGAGUAACCCUCCAAUCUCAGACGGGCAGCUUUGGCAAAUCGCGCGAGAUGCCGUCGAUGAAAUGAUUCGCGAUCGAAUCCAGUAUGGCACGAGAGACCGUGCACAGCCGGCUGCCAUGACAGUUCUAGCCUGGGGAAAUGAAAUCAUUCUUGCCUCCUCUAUGAAGGGAGCGGGCUCUUUCUCCUAUGACUUUCUUGGCGGCGAGACGCCGGUUGGCAGAAGUCUUCAGCAAUGCCAGAUAGUCUGGAGAGAUAUCAGCCUACCUGACAAAGAUAAGACACAAAUGCACAACAACAACGGCAAUUGCGCAGAGCCUAUGGCGGCCCAUUUAUACUAUAAGAAUAAUAGAGUCAACUUACAAGACCAAAAAGCGAGGGUUGGCACAUGGGUCAACGGGGUAGACGGAUGGGCAAAGACAGAUCCAUGUGGAUCUAACACCCAGGACUUUUGGGGCUGCAAUCUUUUUACUGCAAAUCAAGGCCUGAAGGUCUUAGAUAGGGACACGCCGUCAGAACCUUAUACACUGGCCAAUAUUGCAGGAGGACCGACUAUUCAGGACCAGAUUCAGUUAUGCGGGGGUCAGCCAAGAGUAUUUGUGGGCUAG